AGACUGGGAUAUGGGGAAAGAAAUUCUGAAAGCACUUUGAUAUUAUCAUUUGGUAUCAAUGCCAGGGGAAUAAUAUGGAUGCAACCAUCAAGAGAUGAGCUCAGCUUGUAGGUCUCCAGACUGAACUAGGUGGACCUUUCAUUGGCUUUCCCAGGACUGUUCUUCCAUUUGGCUUUCUUCUUCUUUGGAUCCUGAUGCUAAGCAGAUGCUCCUAGCACCAGCCCAGUAGAAGUAGCCAAUCUCAGCUGGCUGGCCAUGGAGGUGAGUCAGAAAGUUCUCCGUUCCUUAAACUUGGGGAACAAAGCCUCGAGGAGUUAUUGGCACUCCUGACCUUGGUUCUUGCCAAACAAAUACCAACCAGUGGUUGUAUCAGGGCCUUUGCUCUGGGGAGUGAAAUAGUUUCCUUUCUGGAAAACCUCAGAGCAUAAAGCUCAACUCUGUUUCCACUCCAAAGUAAUUCCAAGAAGUCUUUCUCUUUCUUUCCAGGCUCUUUAAAUAUUGAUGUCAUCUGCAAAUACCAUAGGUUCACCUUACUACUUCUUAAGAGGAGACCAGUUCUCUGCUUCAGAGGCUUAAGCUAAGAAGCCCUCUGUUCUUAAGAUAAAAAGAGGCCACGGUUGUUUCAGUUUAAGUGACCUGGUCAGCCAUCUGGCUCAGCGUUUGGGUGUUUGUUUGCUUAAGCCAAUUACUUUUUUUUUUUUUAAGGCUCCAGGUAUUAUAUGAAAUACACAUACAAGGAGGUAGGACUAAUUAGGGUCAACCUGUCUAAAUGGGUUUCUGGGCAUGUUCUCAAAAUGACCAGUUCCAAAAAAGGGUGGGGUAAGAUGGAAUUCAGCCGUCUUAAGCACGAGCCUGCCCUGAGUUCACCCAAAGAAGCCAUGGUCAAAAGCAGGAGAAAGCCAGACCAAUCCAGGCAUGUAUUUGAAGAUUAUUUGUUUCCAGAAUGUACGUUAAUUGUCACGUCGUCUGUGUGUGUGUCAUUUCAGGUGCUCUCACAGUUGGCCUUGUGCGACAGUGUCAAACCAUUCAUGGACGUGACAGGACCUGCAUUCCUCCACGGCUGCCCCCUGAGUGGAUCACGACUUUAUUUUUCAUCAUCAUGGGAAUCAUUUCACUGACUGUCACUUGUGGUUUGCUAGUGGCUUCUCACUGGCGAAGGGAAGCGACAAAAUACGCACGCUGGAUAGCAUUCACUGGAAUGAUCCUUUUCUGUAUGGCAGCCUUAAUAUUCCCCAUAGGAUUUUACAUCAACGAAGUGGGAGGCCAGCCUUAUAAACUUCCGAACAACACAGUGGUCGGCUCAUCUUACGUACUGUUUGUUUUAUCUAUUUUCUUUACGAUAGUGGGACUUCUGUUUGCUGGCAAAGUGUGUUUACCUGGCUGACGAAUGUCUCAAUACUUUUUCGUAUGGUCAUGAAGGAGAAUAGGACGUCUCACGCAUUCUCGGGAAGAUGGUAGUGUCGGGCCGUCGCAGUCUUACCAGAACGAGGAGGUUUCUCUGUUCUCACUAUGCACUUUGGAUUUUUUUUUUAAAUUUUAUUAUUAUUAUUGUUAUUAUUGUUAUUAUUAUUCCUUUUUAUGGAGAGUCUUUCCCAUAACCAAAUACAGACGACCACGACUCAUCUCUUCAGCAUCUGGAUGUGGUCAGGUGUGCACUGUGAUAGGACCUCGUGUGGAAGAAGAAUUAUUUUCUACACUCAACAGCAUUAUUCGCUUUCCCCCCAUUCCUGCCAACUCCCUCUGCAUCACCGUACUGUACCCUUUUAAAUAUCUGACAAUAUUGAAAGUCUCAAAAGUAUUUAUGCACUUUGGUUGACCGGGCGUUUGCCAAGGGUGGGGCUGGCCUCACCCUCUUUCAGAUUUAGCAUCUUCCUUCUAUGAUAGGCAAGAAGCAUUUGCCAUCAACCCUUCACCCCCACACCCACGCACACAAGAGAGCAGUCUCACGUUAGCGGCACCCCGAAGCCUGUAGAUCAAAAGACAUUUUUGGAAACCUGUUACGAGGACCCAUCCGCUCGCCACCACUGUAGUUGUCACCACCUCCCUGUGACUUUAGGAAACACCAGGAACAUUGGUGGGGUGGGAUUGAGAAUUCUUCCAUAUAUAUUUAUAUCUGUGUGUGUGUGUGUGUGUGUGUGUGUGCACGCGUGUGUGUAUGUGUGUAUUUAUCUGUAUGAUGCAGUACACCGAAUGUCUAUGUAUGUGUGUUUACACACAAGCACGCACAUAUGCAUACAUGCCUACCGACACAAGCGAAACACUGUGGUGUGCAACACUAGAACUUGCAAAGGAAAAGGAAACAAAGAAAGGAAAGCCAUUUCUUUGAAGGCUGCAUCGCUGAGAAAGUCUUCAGUAUACCUCAUUCUCUGUAGCAGCCCUUGAUUUUGACAGGUUUUUGUAAUAGGUACCAACAGCUCCAUGCCUUUCUAAGUGCAGUUUUAAGUUAAGCUACGAGGGUUGUUGUUCCUUCUCCUCCUCCAUCUCUUCCUUCUCCUCCUCUGUAGGGUAACUUAUUUCUAUAUUGAUGGUCAAAGAUGAAAUCAUGUCUGUCUUUUGAAAGAUCUGACCCCAGCGAUGGGAAAUUAAACCCAUAAUUUAAUCAGUGUAAA